AAACACACAACGCCAUCUCGGAUCACGCGCUUUCUCUUUCCGUUUGUUUUAAACCCUAAAUCCAUCAACAUCGAUCCCAAAUUCUCAAUUUAUAAACCCCCAAUUCUGAUUCAACGUCAAGAUCUCUCGAUCAAAAAAGAAGAAGAAGAAGGAGAAGAAAGGGCAACGAUGGUUUGUGGAACUCUGGAAGUGUUGCUCGUUGGAGCAAAGGGUUUGGAGAACACUGAUUUCCUGUGUAAUAUGGAUCCAUAUGCUGUUUUGACAUGCCGUUCUCAGGAGCAGAAGAGCAGCGUCGCCUCAGGUAAAGGAAGUGAUCCUGAAUGGAAUGAAACAUUUGUGUUCAGUGUCUCUGUAGAUGUUUCAGAGCUCAGUAUCAAGCUUAUGGACAGUGACUCUGGCUCAAAUGAUGACUUUGUUGGCGAAGCUACGAUUCCUUUGAAAGCCUUGUUUAAAGAAGGAGAAGGAAACAUCCCUGUGACAAUUUACAAUGUUGUCAAAGAUAAGGAAUACUGUGGUGAGAUCAAAAUAGGCCUGUCCUUCACUCCAGAAGAGGAAAACCUUGAGUGUGCUGAGGAGAACUAUGGAGGCUGGAAAGAGUCUGCUUGAGAAAAAGAAAUCAUUGUAUCAUGUUGUGUUUCUAAUGAGCCCCUUCUUUGAUUUCUUGUAUCCAAACCGACUUAAUAAAUUGAAACUUCAAUGUUGCGCAUGUUGUGCUUGAAAAUCAAAUUUUUUUUAUAGAGUUCUGUUCCAUUCAGAGCUGCAUGAAUGGUUAUAUAAUCUGGAAAAUGUUUGUUUGA